CCUGGAUCGGUAGGAGACAUAUCCGAGUUUUUCCGAUAACCUGUGUCUAACUUUUAAAAAAAUAUCAUGGAUUUGUAUGAUGAAAUGUACGAAAUAAAAAACGGUAGAGAGAUAGAUGAUAGUCCACCGCCGGAUUUGGAUGUUUCCGGCUCAUUAAAGUUUGUCCACCAGGAAGAUCGGGAUGAAUUAGAAGAAGAACUCGAACCAAAAUCGAUUGUGAAUGUUAUUACAUUACAGGAAGAACCGAAACGACUCGAAGAGAUUGAAAAAAUUGUUCCUAGACCGAAAAAUGCAGAACCACUCAUCAAGCGGGACAGCCUGCAGAAGCAUGAUUCACUGUCGGACAGCAGUGCCAGCAUUAGCGAAGAUGAGAAGGAACUUCCUAAAAAUUUGGUUGAUGAGAAAGAGUUCAAUCCAAAAUUUUACGAUAAUAUCGAAGCACCGGGCGAAGUGAAGGACCUUUUCCAGUACAUCACACGAUUUUCGCCACAGCGCGUAAACAUCGACUAUAAACUAAGGAUUUUCGUACCUGAUUUCAUUCCCUCUGUGGGUGAUAUCGAUGCAUUCCUUAAGGUCAACUCGCCACCAUUCAUCGACGAGAAGAAGAAAAAGCUAAUGACCGAGCACAUAAGAAAGUUGGGUUUAGAGACCUUAGAUGAACCUUGCGGAGAUCAGAGCGACCGAGUGCUGCUUCAAAUGAAGAUGAGAUCGAUUUUCACCAAGCCUCUCGAAACACCUUCGGCCAUCGCCAAGAGUCCCAAAGAUAUCGAUCGGUGGAUUACAGAGAUUCAAGCAUUGAAGGCAAAUCAGUCGACACAGAAUGUGAAUGCGCUCAAAUCAACCGUCAACAUUGAUAGUCUGAUGUCCGAGUGGCCCGAAGAGGUGGAAAAGAUGCUGGACACAGUGGGAUUUCCUUCGGCAGAUUUAGAUUGCACACUGACGCAGUAUAUCGAUAUCAUUUGUAAUAUAUUUGACAUUCCGGUGCAACAGAAUAACGGGCAGGCUGGCUACAUUCAAGCUUUGAAUAACUUGUUUAAUCUAUAUUUGGCUAUAAAACAGCAAGGUAAUGUUUAAACUAUCGGAUGGAAUAGAAUCCCUACAUAAGAUAACUAUAUGACAGUUAAAUGAUGAAUGGUUCUUAUUAUACAUACGAACAAAAAUAAAAGCAAAUACAUACGUUCUUUGAUUCCUUAGAGUGAUUUUUCGUUUGUGGGAGGGAAAGGAAGGUUGUACUAUUUUAAAAUCCUGACAUACGAAUCUCUAAUUCCAAAUUUAUAAAAGGCAAGGAAAGGGAAAUACGUAAUCAGAAAUCUGGACAUUAUCAUUUGGCUAUUCAGGUACCAUCUGAAGAGGGUAGCACUCAGCCAAACCUCCAAGGUCAUCAGAAGUAGAUAAAGAAGAGACCUGGCGUAUCGAGAGUAUGAAGCAAACUUGGCCUCUAAGCCACCAGCCGAGGCACAUUCUUCAUUCCAAUAGUGGUAGCCAGGAACUCCGGUUAUUCGACAAGUUAGGAACACAAAUGCCUCGUACUGCAAAAAUGGAUUAAAACACCACAUACCAUCGAUCAGUGCGCGUCCCAUUUGUUCGAAAUCGCUCGAGCGCUCCGCCAGAGCAGGCCGUAAAAUGUGUUCCUGGACUUGGCGCAUCCGUUCCUGCGAACCAGCCAGACUGUCUGUACAGAGAUUGUACCUAAAAAAAUGAAAUGUUAUUUGUGUUUUAUCAUGUUGGCAUAAU